CGAGCGUCGGAAAAAGGGAAAUGUUAGUGAAAACGUAACAGUGUCGUUGCGACUGUAAACGUGAUGGAUCAGGCUGCCGGGACAAUGGUGUGCUUGCCCCCAGCACCGAAUUGGUACAAACCACUUGCAACGGGGGGCUGCGACACCGGUUUCUACUGCUACGCGGCCAGACACACCGUCGUCGUGCUCGAUGCCAGGAGUGGUGCACCCGUGUUGAGAGAAUAUCUGACGGUGGCAGCGCCGAGCACGGAAACUGUCGCUUCCGUCGCGUUCUGCCGCAGCGAACGCACCGAUCCCGACGAGGUGCCCGCGUUGCUGACCGCCACCAGCGAGGGCGUGGUACAGGUGUGGGACGUGAAAGCGCGAACAGUCAAGCACACCGUGUCGUCACAGUCGUCCGCGUGCUGCGCCGACUGGAGAGGUAACCUGUCCACAUCCGUGGUUUUCAGCGGCAAAGGUAGCACGUUGCUCAAGUGGAACCUCGUCACUGGCGCCGUUGCGCCGGCGGGCGGCCGAUCGCAGGAGAAAGAGAUAACCAUUCUGCGCUCUCAUCCGACUGAUCCAGACGUCGUCGCUGUCGGUUACUACAGCGGCACCAUCGUCGUCCAAGGACUGAAGAACGGAAGCAAUGAUCUUUACAAACUGAAGGGACACAACCUUAUGGUGCUUUCGUUAUCUUGGAACGUCCACGGCGAAGAUUCCUCGCUCCAGCCGCUUCGCCUGUGUUCGACAGCGUUCGAUCGCACCCUGAAGGUCUGGGAUGUGGCUGGAGAGAAGCUCUUGACGUCGCUCAAAGUCCCACUAUCUAAAAAAGGCAAAAGUGUAGACAUUCGGGACAAAUGGAUAGUUGCCUGCUGGAUUCCGGGCGGCGAGAAGAUUGUUGCCUCAUCGGUCGCUGGAUAUAUGUGCAUUUGUGACCCCAACGCAGCGGCAGCAACUGAAUGGGAUUUUCUUGACUGGGAUGCAGACUCUGGAGGACACACAGCGGCAGUGUACAAUGUGUGCAUCGUUGGGGAUGCCGCCAAAGGAACGAAGAUGUACGCAGUGUCUGCGUCGGAAGACAGAAAUAUUGUCUUUUGGGAUCUGGCGACCAAGAAGUCUGCGUACUGCAUUCCGUGCGUCGGGGGUUUUGUCUACUCCCUCGCGUUUUCACCCUUUGCCUGCGCCACACUGGCUGUUGGUUCGGGCGAUGGUAGCGUCAAGGUUUGGCGGACUGACUGCGUCGCAAACCCCUACAGUGCCAAGGUGCUUACUGUGGGAAAGAAAGACAGAGUCCGCACAGUCGCUUGGCACCCCAGAAAGGAAGCCAUCCUGGCACUGGGUACCGAAGAAGGAAAAGUCUGCGUGGCAGAUGUCAAUACGCGUCAGGUCACAGUGUCGAAAGCCUUUCACAAGGAUACAACUUACGUUGUUUGCUGGGCUAACCUUGUCCUCAGCGAGGGAGCAUCCCCCGAGACGUGUUUGCUCUCAUGUGAUUCCAGCAGGGUUAAAAUUCACAGGCUUUCCAAGCUUGACAAAGAUGCUGCAGAUAUUGAGAGCAUUCUGUUUAACCCCACCCAAAAAAAGACAUCUACCAAACGUGUGUGUGUAGCUUUCAACCAGGAGCUUAGCAUCUUGACACUGUCCCUAUCUGAUGGACCUGUAGAGCUUUUCCAGAGUUAUGGAGGCCCACUCUUAAAGAAAGUUGCCAAUAUUGAAGUACAAAGAAAGCCGGCGGAUUGCCUUGCAUGGCAUCCAGCUAAGGCACCAUUUUCUGACUGUAACAGCCGCUUAAUGUACUGGCUCGCCUUUUCAUCCACCGAUGGCAAAAUAUCCGUCUUUGACUUAAGCCGACUCGAAAAACCCAACCCCAACGUUCACCGAAUUCUCCAGCCCACUCUGCAGUUUUCGGGACAGAGUAGCAAAAUCGUGUCGCUUGCGUGGAGCCCGUUUAGAGAAAAUAUGCUGGCAUCUGCUUCGUUUGAUCAAACGGUACAGGUUUGGGAUGUGGACAAAGCCCAACUCGUUGCAACGUAUCAAGGCCACACGAGACGUUUGUUCAGCGUUUGCUGGAGCCCUGUCGACUCGGACAUUCUUUUCAGUGGUGGGGAAGACAACAUUGUCAGAUGUUGGAAGCUUUCUGAGCAGCCUGUAAAGCCUCAGAAAGUCUCAAAAACCAAGAUGGAUGACGGAAACAGCAGCAUUGCAAAGGCUAAUGACCAGGCCAACAGUGGAGGUGAAGUGUGCGUCAAUGGUGAUAUUGCCACUAAAGGACUUAUUAGUGCUAUGGAGACGGCUGGUGCACAGAGCCAAACCUCUGCUGGCACAGUUCCUGCAAAGUCUUCAGGCAAGGCUUCUUCAGUGAGCGGAUCAAAAAAGAAGUCAAAGACCAUGAAGUCGUACUUUCCAUGUUUUUCUCAGCUUGAGAAUCUGCCCAAAGAAAAUCGCUCGGACGACGCUCAGUAUCUAGCUGACGUAUUGGCGAAGCGCAAAGAAGGUCCCAUUGAACUUGACUCUGAGCACAGUCACCUGGGUAUGUACACUGGUGCUUCAGGUGCACUGUCCGUUCUGGACAAGGAGGUUCGGCACCACAAGCAGGAGCACAACCUCGACUACGCAUUUCAGAUGAUGGCUUGGAAAGGGGACCUCGCCACGGCUCUGCGAGAGGCAGCAGCGGAGCGGCGCCUCACCGACAGCCUGGUAGCCCAAGCACCUUCGUUGUCCAGAAGUGUAUGGUUUGAAAUGUGUGAGCGAUAUGCUGCCCAGCUAGCUAGUGAAGGAGAACACCACCGUGCUGUGCUUUACUACCUGGCCUGCCACAAGGUGGAAGAAGCGGUGAACCUCCUUUGCGAAAACAGUCUGCACCGUGAAGCCCUCGUUAUUGCUAGGGCACACCUUCCGGAAGACGAUCCUCUAGUUGAGAAGAUAUACGUAUCAUGGGCUGAGAGAGCAGUGGGAGUUGGCAACUUUGAGCAGGCUGCCAAGUGUUACCUUGCCAUCGGGGAUGCUGGCAAAGCGGUUGCUUCACUGAUGAACAGGAGAAACCCCCAUUCUCUCAGAUCGGCUGCCUACAUAGCAAGAAAGACUGGCCUGUUAGCGGAGAUGGAAGUCACUUUUCAGGCAGCACUGCAGUCUUCACUGAUCAACAAUGAAUGGGACCAAGCAGUUCGUUUUGUUGAACAGCAGGAAAGGAGCCGGGCAUUUACAACUUUUAUUCACUUGCAUAAAGCCCUAAUUGAGGCUAUAGAUCAAAUUAGUCGAGAAAAAGGGGACACUGUCGAGGCAGAAGACGGCACUUGCAGAGUAUUGUGGAGCAGUCGCAAGAACACUGCAGCCACUUUCCUGUCCUCCAUAGUGAGAGCCUAUGAAAGCAAUGGAUACCGUCCGUUAGCUGGCACACUGGGCUUUACAGAGCUAAGUGAGCUGCUUGGUUACGGAGAGCACGCAACAAAGACGGUACUUUUGCAUGAGACAAAGGAGCAUGUCUUGUUCCAUGUGGCUGGCUGCCUGGCAGUUGCGCUGUUCAGCCCAGACCAGUGGAAGCUUUACUUUGCUAGAGCAAUGUCGGCAGCCUACUCGUACAACCGCGAGCUGUUUGCUAACCUGUGCAUGCUCCUCUUUCGUGGAAAAGUGACUGACAGUACAUUCACAGGAGAAGUAAACGUGGACAUUAAUCCUAGUCAUUGCACGCUUUUCGAUGAACUGGAUGUAGCUACUUACGUGGAAGCUAAAAGCUUUGUUUGUCCACAUUUGUGCCAGAGCCUUUGGUCUAUGUUGAGCAAGUUGAUAACUGACACCAAUACAGCUGUGGAUCCCAGUAGGGAGGUGUUGUUGCUAUAUCUUUGUGAUGCACUUGUAGAUGUGUGUGAUCGGUUAGACUCGGCGAGUGUACGCAGCUCUUUGGUGCAGGGUAUUUCCUCACUGGUGUUGUCCCCCACCGUUGCCUGCUUGGAGCACAUGACCCAUAGACUUGCUGCAGCUGAGAAGAAUUUGCUUCUCUGGAGAUCAGAACUGCAAAUGAAGAGGACCUCCGGGACGGCGGGGGAUGAAAGUAAAGAUGACUUGUCGAUAUUGGAAGAAGAAGUUGAGUUGUGCAAAGCAUGCCUACUCGAAUUUAGUGCAGCUGCUCCAAACUGCAUAUUUCCGAAACAGAUGCAAGUGCUGAGGCGUCUUAUGCACUUUCUUCAUAAAGUGGAUGACGAGAGCACUAAUGAACUAAAGACAAGAUUCGAAACUUGGGUACAACUUGUUUCAAAUGUGUGACAUAUGUUUUUUUUUUCUUGUUAUGGCAAUGAAAAGCAAAAGUAAAAUGCUUGGUUUGUGAAAG